AUGCCCCAUCCGAUCCUCCCAUCCACUGUUCAGCUCUUCCCCCGUCGCAAGCUUGGCGACUCCGACAUCCCCCAGCGAGGUCGUGCUCCUCUCACCAUAGACCUCCCCGUCAUCCAGUCUCUCUUCAGCAUCCCGCAGGUCGAGGCCUGCAAGGUGCUCGGAGUCUCCUUGACGGCGAUGAAGCAGCUUUGCCGGAAGCUGGGGGUCAGCCGCUGGCCCUACACCCGUCCUUGCACCACCGGACGCCGCCGACAUAGAGCGAGGAAGUCAAAGCCCGACACCCAGCCUGAGCAAGCCAAGCCCGUGUGCGAGGAAGCGGUGGCAGACUGCCAAGGGAAGCAGGAGCUCGAGUCUGCCAGCUCAACGUCACCUGGCUCGUUGUCGGAGGACGACAGUGCUGUAGAGGACGCGGAGGCGUCAGGAUCCGAGCUAGGAGAGCUUUGUGCCCAGGGGGAGGAGGGGUCUGUAGUCGAGCCGACAGCAGCAGAGGAGGAGGUAACAGAAGGGAGCUGGAUGCCGAACACGGGGUGGAUCGACUGGUACAUGGAGUGUGGAGACGAGGAAGACGUGUCUCAGAGGCUAUGCUGA